UUUAACUGAAGGCUCAAAAUGGAAAUAUCAGCAAUCCAUUCCAGCCUCCGAAAGCCACACAAAUUGUUUUAAUGUGUUUUAGUUAUUUAUUUUUGGUAGAAUAGUUUUUACUUUUUGAAAACGUACAGUAAUGACACAUGCCAUAUUGUUUCUUCAAUUCAAUCGACAUUGUUCUGCUGUGCACACCAUGGCCACUUGGGGGCAGUAGAAUAGACAUGUGGAUACACAAGCUGCAGAAAUAUUUUUUCCCUCUUCGCAGAGGACAAAGAAUAUCUGCCUGGGUGGAUGUAGGGGUUUAACUUCAAACCCUGGUCCUGCCGCAUACACUACCACCUAAGUUACAAAAUUACAGGACCACUUAAUUUAAAAAAAAAAUUUUGGGCUGGAUUUGCAGAUUCAACAUAAUGCUACUGGAGAGGAGCCACUGCCCGUCCCUGCAGAUGUUGGGCAGGACCAAUCACUACUCUGUCAUCACGGUGGACGAGAGCACCGCCAUCAUUGUUCAGGAGCAGGACGAGCUGUGUGAGGAGCGAGCCUACGAGGCGAUUGCGAUGAGGCUCACCGCUCUGUCACUGCAGUACAACUACUGCUGGAUCAUACUGCACUACCCGGACGGCAAGGGGGGAGGGUCAGUUCUACUCAGGGUGAUAUCUUACUAUCAACACGUCAAUCCUCAAAACGCUCGCUGA